UUGAGAUUUUAAAGGCUUUAUAUAAUAAUAAUUAAAUAUAAAUAUAAAAAUAAUUGUUUUUUAUUAUUAUUAUUACUAUAAAAGUUUAUUAUUAUUAUUAUAUUAUUAAAAUUCCAAUGCUAAUAAUAUAUUUAAAAAAAAAAAAAAAAAAAAAACCCAUUUAAUCUUAAGACCAUGACCUGUGACCUGUGCUGCCACUUUCUGUAUUUUAGUUACUGCUGUGCUGAUGACAGAAGAGUGGGGCAGAGACAAAGAGGAAAUCCUUAAUACCCACAAUACAAUGGAGUGGAGCACAAACAGUGAGCAUGUCUAAUCAUACUGAAAACACAUACACAAAUGACCUCAUUAAAACAUUCAGCAUGUUUUCUGACUGUAAUAUUUUGGUUUUAUUACAGAUGAGCUGACUAUUAGCAUAGCGCUAACCACAAUAACAGAAUCACAGACUGUCACAGACUUACCAGAAUCAUACACAAACACACAUUCAAACACACGCAGUCCUCAGUAUACACCCCACACAACACCACCAACAUACACACACACUCACACACAACCUGAACACCAUUCAUCUGAGGAGGACGACAAUGAGAGCGAUAAAGACACCUUUCAUUUAGCUGCAAGCAAACCUGUCAAACACACACCUGCACAUAGUACAUACACUUUAAAACCUGUUACACACACAUCUGGUUCACAUACUACAACUAAUUACUCAAAUGACAUCGCUAAACCGUAUGUCAGCCCACCUUUAGACAUCAUAACAGAGGAAAAGAGUGAUGAGUCAAUGGAGGAAAUAGACAAAGAACAUUUAACGCAAACCAGUCCUUAUAUAGUUCAGAUGACCACACCCACUAAAAUAACAACCAAUCAAAACUCACUUCACAAAACAACCCUGCCAACAGCUACCAAUAAAAACACAGUAGCUGCAACCACUUCUGUGCAACUUCCAUCUAUGAGAGGAAGCGAGGAGAAAGAGAUAUCGGUUGAAAAAAUGGAGAGAGAGAGUGAGGAAGAUAAAGAGACAGAGAAAGAGAGUGAUUUAAUAGUAAACCCACCAAACAACAGUCAGGAAAGCAGCGCAGAAUAUGGCAAGUUAAGCACAACCAAACCGACAAUUCAAACACAAGCCAACACGAAGCCAUCUCUAUCUAAAGAGGACGAAAGGCACAAUAUAGAAAGCAAGGAAGAUCUACAAAGUGAUGAAGAGGAUGAAUCAAUCAAUAACCAAACCACCACAAUAACUCCCAGGGUCAGCAAGGUCAGUCCGUACAUGUGGAUCAUUCCAGCACAGUUCCCUAAACCUCCCAUACACAGUGCAUCACCAAGACCAACAGCUCACCCAGCUGCAAAACCAACUAGGAACAUCAAGACCACAUCUACGGCUCCCCACAAGCCUGUCAGCAUACGGACCACAACAUUAGGCCACACUGCUGUUGAAACAGUCCCUCAUCCCCAGAAACCUCCCCGUCCCGCCCUGGAUCAGUUACCAUCAUUGACCACUACUGCUCAGCCGGAGUCUGCUGAGGAAGAGGAGCAGGAGAAAGAGGAAGAAAAAGAGCAGUCUGACAGCUCACAGGAAUCAGAGAAAAUCGAGUCUCACCAGGUCCGGAGACGGGCGGCGCCGUUUUUUUCCUGGUCUCUACUGGAGGUUGCUGGACUGUCAGACCUGCAGCAGCAAGAAGACUCUGAAGAGUGUAGCAUGUCUUUCCCCCAGUACAGUGCAUCUGGACAGGUGUUGAGGGACAUGUCUGCUUUGGGAGAAAUGCUGCACUGUCUGACAGGACGAUGUCCUCAUGAGUAUCAACACUAUGGCUGCUACUGUGGACAGCAGGGGACGGGCAACCCAGUAGACCAACUGGACCGGUGCUGUUUUCUGCAGCAGUGCUGUUUGGAGCAGCUCAGUGUGCUGGGCUGCAGAAAAAACAGAAAACUCAACGCUCAAAUCAGCUGCCACAAAGGAAAACCUCGAUGUUCAGGUGCGAGUGUGUGUGACCGGCUGCAGUGCGUCUGCGAUCGCUCGACUGCUGAGUGUAUGGCGGCUUCACACUUCAACCAUUCAGUCACCUCCUCAUGUUCCGGGCCCCGCCCACCGUGCCUCCGUAAACCUCAUUCUUCAACACAAUCAGCCAGUCAGGACUCCAGUGAGGAGAGCAAUGAAAGGACCCCACCACGGCCUCAACUGAACACACAAAACCAAUCAAACAUGCACGUUCAGCCAUAUACACCCAAGAACCCCACACACAGCAAACCACAACAGGGCAUCAAAGAGGAGGAGGAAGAGGAAGAAGAGGAGGAGCCAGGACAGGAAAAAGAAGAGGAGGAGGAAGAAAAAGAACAAGAAGAGGAAGAAGAAGAAGAAUUGGAGCAGUAGGAGGAGGUGGUUCUAUAAUUUUUACAUUUUCAGGGAGCUCUCAAUGAUAGAGGAAUCAGUAGAAAAAAAAAAAAAAAAAGCACAUUUAACAAAAACUUAACUCACUUAGGAUGCAGUGGCCACAAAAGAUCAUCCAAGAUCUGCUGCUUCUUCUCUGCUUGUGUUUGAAAGACUGCCAGCAGUUGUAUUUUUUUAUCCAAUUGUAACUGAUGUUUGUUUAAUUCAAAAUAAAGGCAUUUAUUGUUUAUGUAAAAAUUCCAUAUAUAAUAUGUUGAGGUUACAGAAGACCAUUUAAUAAGACUUUCUGAAUUUCUUUAAAUCUAUAGAAAUGCUGGAGAGGUGGCAGACGAUCCGUGUUCAAGUCCAACUCUAGCAAUUUCCCAAUCCCAUUGCCCUGUUAUCUGUCUUCUCCAGUAUUAUUUUAUUAUUAUUUAUAUACUAUUAUAGUUUUUAUAAAGAUGUUUAGAAAAAGCUAUGUAGUUUUAGUUCUAUUUCAGUUAAUAAUUUUUAGUACUUCAACUAAACUUACAGUGGGGAAAAUAAUUAUUUGAUCCCCUGCUGAUUUUGUAAGUUUGACCACUUACAAAGAAACAAGGAGUCUAUAAUUUUAUGGCAGGUUUAUUUUAUAAAUUGAUUAGCAUUUGAUCAAGUGAAAUAAGUAUUUGAUCCCCUACCAACCAGCAAGAAUUCUGCCUCCUACAGAUUGUUUAUGUGCCCACGUCGAACACAAUUUAGUCCUGUCACUUUAAGAAAGUACUCCUAAUGUCAGCUCGUUAUGUGUAUAAAAGACACCUGUCCAAAGAAUCUGUAUCUUCCAUUCAAACCCCUCCACCACCAUGGGCAAGACCAAAGAGCUGUCAAAGGACAUCAGGGACAAGAUUGUAGACCUGCACAAAGCUGGAAUGGGCUACAAGACCAUCAGCAAGAAGCUUGGUGAGAGGGAGACAACUGUUGGUGCGAUUAUUCGGAAAUGGAAGAAAUACAAAAUAACCAUCAGUCGCCCUCGGUCUGGAGCUCCAUGCAAGAUCUCGCCUCAUGGGGUAAGGAUGAUGAUGAGAAAGGUGAGGGAUCAGCCCAGAACUACACGGGAGGAGCUUGUAAAGGAUCUUAAGGCAGUUGGGACAACAUUCACCAAGAAAACCAUUAAAAAAAACACACUAUGCAAGCAUGGAGGUGGAAACAUUAUGCUUUGGGGCUGUUUCUCUGCUAAGGGUACAGAACGACUUCACCGCAUUGAGGGGCCGAUGAACGGGGCCAUGUAACGUAAAAUCUUGGACGAGAACCUCCUUCCUUCAGCCAGAACACUGAAGAUGGGUCGUGGAUGGGUCUUCCAGCAUGACAAUGACCCAAAACAUUCCGCCAAGGCAACAAAGGAGUGGCUCAAGAAGAAGCACAUUAAGGUCAUGGAGUGGCUUAGCCAGUCUCCAGACCUUAAUCCUAUAGAAAAUCUGUGGAGGGAGCUGAAACUUCGAGUUGCCAAGCGACAGCCAAGAAACCUUAAGGAUUUAGAAAGGAUCUGUAAGGAGAAGUGGACCAAAAUCCCUCCUGAGAUGUGUGCAAACCUGGUGACCAACUACAAGAAAAGUCUUACCUCUGUGCUUGCCAACAAGGGUUUCUCCACCAAGUACUAAGUCAUGUUUUGCUUGAGGAUCAAAUAUUUAUGUCACUCAAUGAAAUGCAAAUCAAUUUAUAAUCUUUAUAUAAUGUUUUUUUUCUGGAUUUUUUGUUUGAUAUUCUGUCUCUAUCCAUUAAAAUAAACCUACCAUAAAAAUUAUAGACCCCUCAUUUCUUUAUAAGUGGUCAAACUAACAAAAGCAGCAGGGGAUCAAAUAAUUAUUUUCCCCA